UAUCCCUAUCCUUCCCUUACCUGGGUUCACUUCUCAUCACCGCAUCUGACCCAACGCCGCCUUGCACUGAUUGGCCCCUUAACGUUGCAUGCUCUGCUCCUUGCUCAGGGUCUCACUGGGAGACAUGCUGGUACCUAAUCAAAGUGACGUCGUGAACGGGGUUCAACCAUGCACGUUACAUCUUAGAAGGUAAUUUGUUUAUCCUGUGCAACUGCUGACCGCAGGAGGAAGGCUGGAGUUUAUUACUCCUAUUACUGCUGAUCUUUUAACCCUUGGCUUCCCACGAUGGAAAUCUCUUUCGUCUUCUGCACUCAUUGUCGACUUGAGACUCGAGACUCCAUCUAUCCAAGAUGCGUCUCAAUCAACUUGUGGGAACGAUAGGGUGCGUGUUGGUGGGGUUGAGUGAAGCUGUGAUGGUCAACCCUCUUCCAGCUCCCACCUCGAUUUCUUGGGGAACAACGGGCCCAAAAGAGGUUGCAGGAUAUCUCGUCUUGACUGGUUCUUCGAAUCCGACCGUCGUCAGUGCCUGGAACCGCGCGUUUGGUACAAUUGCCAGUCUCAAAUGGGUACCUCAAGCUACAGAAGCUCCUAUUGCUACUUAUGCAGUCUUCCCAACCACAGCUGCCAAAGCGAAGCGAACGACCUCCACAUUGCUCACAGGAGUCUCUGUCAAGAUCUCGGACUCGAAUGCGGCUCUACAACAUGGCGUAGACGAGUCCUAUACAAUAGAUAUUACUGCCAGCUCGCCUACGAUCAGCGUCACCGCGAAGACGCCUUGGGGAGCUUUGCACGCCUUCACGACUUUGCAACAGAUCAUAAUAUCGGAUGGGAAGGGAGGGUUGAUGGUCGAACAGCCUGUGUCUAUCAAAGAUGCACCAAUAUACCCAUACCGAGGCCUAAUGAUUGACAGUGGGCGCAACUUCAUCAGUCUGCCUAAGAUUUAUGAACAAAUCGAUGGAAUGGCAUUGUCGAAGCUUAAUGUUCUCCACUGGCACUUGGAUGAUGCUCAAUCUUGGCCUGUACAGAUGUCGACCUACCCUGAGAUGACCAAGGACGCAUAUGCAUCUUAUCAGAUCUAUAGCCAUGGCGACAUACAAAAUGUAUUGGCAUAUGCCACGGCUCGAGGUGUUCGGGUUAUUCCUGAAGUAGACAUGCCAGGCCACGCUUCUUCCGGCUGGAAGCAAGUCGACCCUAGCAUCGUGGCUUGUGCCGACUCGUGGUGGUCGAACGAUGAUUGGCCGCUUCACACUGCCGUCGAACCAAACCCUGGUCAGCUCGAGAUCCUGAACAGCAAGACAUACGAUGUUGUGUCAAAAGUGUAUGAGGAGCUUUCAAGUGUUUUCACGGACAACUUCUUCCAUGUUGGUGCCGAUGAGCUUCAGACUGGCUGCUACAACCUCAGCACUAUUACGACUGAAUGGUUUGCAGCCAACGCUUCUCGAACAUAUAACGAUCUCCUCCAAUACUGGGUCGACGAGGCAGUACCUAUCUUCCAAAAACCCAGGGAUCGUCGUCUCAUAAUGUGGGAAGAUAUCUAUCUCGCUACCCCGCACGCCAAUUCCGUUCCCACAGACAUCAUAAUGCAAACAUGGAAUGGUGGUCUUACCAACAUCAAAACGCUCACCUCAGCUGGCUACGAUGUUAUUGUUUCUUCCUCAGAUUGGUUCUAGUAACAAGCCCCUUUCUUAUUCCUUCUCCUCGCUUCCUUUUACUCAAGCCAUGUUUGGGCUCCCGGAUAAGUUUUAUCCUUGUCCCGAAGAUUCGGUUCUUUAUCUGUACAAGAAACCAAGUGCUAACUUCCUGGAGUCUGGACUGCGGUUUCGGCGGCUGGGUAACGAACGAUCCUCGAUAUGACGUGAUGGUCAACCCGGACGCUAUUGACGGGCUGGCAAAUUUCAACUUUGGAGGAAAUGGUGGAUCUUGGUGUGCACCAUACAA